GCAGUGUGUGUUUAUACGGAAUUUAUUCGAUUUUCCUUUUUUGAGCUCAUUUUUUUUUGUUCGUUGUCGAAAUUUAUGUGAAUUUGGAUUUGAUUUCUUUCUUUAUUUUUUCGAGAAAAAAUUCAACAUCAAUCAUGACUAACCAAUCAGUUGAUAAAAUUGUUGAUAUUGAUAUAUUUCAUGAUACUUUCUAUGCAAUCGAUAAAAAUUUUAUCGAAUCAAUCGUUUCGAUUGCAAAUUCUUUAUUUGCUUAUGGUAAUCGAAUAUGUAAAAUGUUAUCGUUAGAAUCGGAUUCAUCAAAACCACAAGAGAUUCCUUUAUUAAAUGAUAUGAAAAUCGUUCAAGUUGAUUCUGGUGACAAUUUUGUUGUUCUUCUAACUAAGAAAGGUCAUGUUUAUAUAGCCAGUGAUGAUGAUAUAUGGGAUACGAAAAAAACAUUUAAAUUAAUAACCAUCAAUAAUAAUGAUGAUCGUUUCAAAAUGAUUGCUUGUGGUGCAUCGAAUUUAUUAUUGUUACGAAAUGAUGGUACUGUAUUCAAAAACAUUCAUAAUUCACCUUUAAUGCUUGACGGUUCUAAAUCAAAUGUUAACGAAUGUAUUGAACCUGUUAAAGGUUUAGAAAAUGUAAAACUUAUUGCUUGUGGAAAAUAUCAUUGUUUGGCAUUGACAAAUGGACAAAAACUUUAUUCAUGGGGAAGCAAUAAUCAUGGACAAUUAAGUCUUGGUCAUCGUAAAAAUGUAAGUGAAUCAACAUUAUUCCUAAUCCCUGGUGAUACGUUCAAUAGCCGAAUCAAAGAUAUUGCGUCUGGCGAAAGUUUUUCCUUAUUUUUACUCGAAAAUGAUGAACUUUAUUUUUGUGGCAUAGAUUUGGCUGAUGUUUAUAAGUCCUGUAAUCAUAAACGUAUUGUUUUGCCGAAAUUAGUUCUUAGCCAAGUAGAAAGAAUUGCCACUUUCAAAUAUGGUAAAUUUGUAUUAGCUUAUAGAAAAUCAUCGUAUUAUGUAUGGGGGAAAAUUUACGAACGUCAUUGGCCUUCAUUCACUAAAUUAAAUUUUCAACCAAAAUCAUUUGCCGCUAUUGUAGCAAAAUAUUCACCAUCGCCUUUGACAUUUGGUCUAACAUCAACAUUUUAUCAACUUGAUGAUUGUAAACAUUCACUUUGCAAACCCGAAGAAUCUAUUCGUCUAUUAUUUGAUAAUCCGGAUAAUUAUGAUGUUGAAUUUAUCAUUGGCAAACAACAACAACGUAUUGUGGCAAGUAAAUGUUAUCUAAAAUCGGUAUCGGAAUAUUUUCGCAAAAUGUUAUCUGGGAAAUGGCGUGAAAAUGAUCGUAUAAUAAUAGAUUCAUAUUCUUAUGAUACAUAUUAUUCUUAUCUAAAUAUGUUACAUUGUGGUCAUAAGGAUUCAAUCAAAAUCAAUACAGAAAAUAUAGCCGAAUUGACCGAUCUGGCACAUUGUUAUUGUGAUGAGAAAUUGCUCGAAUAUUGUAAAUAUUUUAUUCAAAAUGAUCUUAAUGAAAAAACAUUACAAAUUUAUCUUCCGUUAAUUUCUAAAUAUCAACUUGAUGAAUUGAAUGGUAAACUUCGACAAAUUGCCUAUGAUAAACUAUUUCCCGAAAUUCAAAACAAUUAUCAACAAGAAAUUGAGAAUUCUGUUCAAGAUUUCCUUCAAAAUUACCUCGAAAAACACCAAUCAUCCUCAGAAUCAAUAGAUUUAUCAAAUAAAAAACCAAAAAUCGAAUGAUUGUUUU